UCCUGAUCCUGUCGGACUCAUCGUUCUUUCUCAUAACCGCUAAAUGGCGUUCAGGCCAUUUCCGGAUCCACGUUGCAUCCGAAAAUGAUGGAACUGCCAACACCACCGGUUUAAUUGUGACAUGGGUACUAUAAAGCUGUUGUCAAUCAUGGGCGUCCAUCCGUUCAGUCUCCAAGCGUCCCACAUCUCUUCCGCAAGCAUGGAAUCACUUUCCGUUCAGCAUCUGUUGCCAGAGUACACACCAUCAAAGCCUGCACCUGACUACUCUUCCAAACCACUUCCCGGCGAGAAGUGCAUACAAAGAUCACCUCGCUUGAUCCAACGGGGGGACAAUGCGUCGUUUACUUAUCGGGAAAAAGAGAUGACCCUCAAACUGAUGGACUGUCGUGAAGAGGACCGCCAUCCAUCCUAUGGUCUGGGGAGUACCAUUCGAGGAGAAGUUUCACUUGAUCAUCGCCGGAGAGUUGUAGCUGUUACAGCGAAGCUUGAAGGUCGUGUUUACCUUCCAGGACAACCUUCUAAGGGGGUUACUAUUAUUUCAAAGGAGCGGACCUUAUGGGAGAGCUCCACUCUAAAUGGACAAACUUGUCCCAGCAUCAUGCCAUUAUCAAUGUCUUUCCCGACCUCCUAUCGAGAGCGUGGACAAGAUCGUACUUUCCGUUUGCCGCCGUCCUUUGAGCUAUCGCAACCGCAACGCGUGGCUAUAGUCUAUACACUGCAGAUCAUUGUCACAAAAUCGAGAAACGUUCCGAUGAUUGGAAAAAAACUUUCGAGGGAGAUAUACAUGAGCAUUCACAUCAAGUACCGCCCCCGAGUACGACCAUCAAGGCCAGUGCCAGACUCCUUUAGCGAGGUGAAACAAUCUCCUGAGGAUUGGAUGGAGGACGUUUGGAUCACGAAACCGACUGUUGGUACAGGAAACGAAGCGUUUUUAGCACGUUGUCAUUUAUUUAUUCCUUCGGUCCGCGUUUUCACUGCUUCGGAAAAGAUACCUUUCCAUUUGCGGCUAGAGACUUCGCCACUCUUCCUGCACAAUCUUGCCAAGAUCUUCCUUCCUCGCCAAAAUCCCUCGGAAAUAAAAGAAAUUUUAAACAUAUCUAUAGUACGGCAGACUACCGUCAACAUUCAAGGCACGUCGUUCAGUCACGACCAAAUUCUUGGUCGCGGACGGAUGGUGCCGCAAUCAUCAUCCACCUCCAAGGUCGCAAUCUCAGAAUCAGAAGAGCCUGUAACAUGGAGUUGGAAUGGCGAACUUCGGUGUGAAGUUCCCGUCUUGAACACUGGUUUCAAUACCGGCCAGAUUAGCACUACGGACUACAUUGUGCUGUCUUUACUAACUCCGCCUGGUCAACUGAGAUCUGACCAUUCACUUCAACGCGUUAUCCCCAUACGACUCGCUACAGAACCAUGGGUCGAUCGUUCAUGAACCUAUUUUUCUCCAUCGCAUUGUGUUCUGACUAUUGCACUGUAUAUAUAUUCACAGCCAUAUCAUCUACUGUAUUCUUAUCGCUUUUU